CUCUGACGUUCAGAUGCGCUGUGCACGGACUCUACUAGAUCAUCACGUUCGAUGUCUCUCUGAGGAGUCAUCCUGGUUUCUCUUCGAGCCCAUGCCCGGCGUAGGAAGUGGACAGUCAGCGCUCUAGUCGACGGAAAUCACGGAAAUUCGGCUUGACCUGCGCGGCGAACGAAGGCCAGCCGGGGCACGGAUCGGAGUGACCGCUGUGGGAUGUGGGUUUCAGCUGCAGAUGGGGGCUGGAGGCGGACUAGAUGAACACGCGAUCAACGAUCUGCGUUGCCGUGUCAUGCAAAUCCGGGCAACUUGCACAUCAAAGCCCACGGUCAAUCCAACCCGCAUUCGCAACACCGGGGAAUCAACACCGUACGCGUCAAAACCUAGCCAGCAUAUCAUAUUAUGGGCAGCAGCAUAAGUACGUCCGCCACGCCAUCCAUUCCACUCGCUAUCCCGUCCUCUGCCUCCAAGAAUGUCUAGCCCCGAGGGAACACGCUCAAAGCCGCGGAGUAUGAUUGCGUGCACCGAAUGCAGGCGCCGCCGUGUCAAGUGCGUGACAAACGAGAUCCCGCCCGUGACGCCUUGCGCACGAUGCGUCAAACGCCAGCUGGCCUGCGAGUACGUCGCGACCCAAGACGGCGCAGAAGAACAAUAUAUUCCCCAACAAAACACCGCGUCGUCGUCGUCCUCGGUGGCGGCCGCGCUGCCCUCCGAGACGCCCAUGCAGCAGGACUUCCCGCACUACCCCGCACCGGCCCGCGGACGAUCCGCGUCCCGGCACUCGACGCACCGGACGAUGCCGGCAAUGUACGGACAGCAUGCGCAUGGGCAGCCCGGGCUGCUCCGCCCGAGUCCAAACCCGCACGCAUACGAUAUCCAGAUCCUGCAUGCGCAGGAGUACCUCCGCAAACGCGCCGCCUCCGCUGCACAGGCCCAGAGCCAGAGUCACGUGGGCAGCCACGGUGGGGGCGGUGCGGGAUAUGGCGCUGCGCCGAGCUCGUUUCAGGUCGAGGAUGUCCCUGGGCACGUGCCCGGAGGAGGAGGCGGAGGAGGCCCGCAGGUGUUUGACUUGGGGGAAUGGACUUUGAAGAUCCGUUCCUGCGGGAUGUGUUGACCAACCCGGAGGACUGGGCACUUGGGAGCAGGCGAGACUAGAGCUGCUUUACCCUGAGCGAGGCGACAUACGCGCCAAGGACUUGAGUUAUUCUCUUUACGUAGAUUCACGACGACUAUACCCCCACUCCGUAUGUAGCGCAGCAAAAAAAUGCCUCAAAAUUUCAUCUUGAGUUUCGAC